UAAAUGUCAAUUCGACAAUUUGUAGGGAUUCAAGAGAUUGCCAAAAAGGCAUUUAAUUCUCUGAUAGUGAUUCGUAAAGAGAUAGAGAGUAAAAACUAAGAAGUUUUGUAACAUGGAAUAUCAGUUUACAAUUAAGUUGUACCUGUAGAUGCAAGCAAAAGCAAAUUUGGAUUCUUUAGAUGUAAAAUAUGCAAAAUAUUAGUUUUAAGCCUCUCGUCUUGAUAAUAGAUCCGAUCAUAGAUACUAUGAUAUGAACCCAUUACCUGCUCCAGAGUCAAAAAUAGCUCGUGUUUAUAUUAUGGAUGAUAAUCGUAUGCAUUAAAGUAAAUAGUUUUAUAAAUUAACAUAGAUCCAACUAUGAAAUAAGGAUAUGAAUGGAAUGUUUAAUUUGAGAGAGGACCAAUUCAUAGAAUGCCUUGGAGUGGAUGGACUUUUUCAAGAGAUUAAAAGAGCAGAGAUGUUUAUAAGUUCAAAAGUUUGGAAGCUGCAUUAGAAUUUUGUCAAUAAGAUGGAUAUGGAUAUAUUGUUCAAUAUCCACACUUUCGUUAUUCUUCAAAGAGAAAGUAUGCUGACAAUUUUAAAUGGAAAGGAUUUCCAAAGGACGAUCAAGACUCUUGAAAAGAUAUUAUUAUUAAAUAAUAAGGAAUAUCAUAUAAUCGACACUCU